UUACCAGCUUGAACGCGCUCAUUAAUUUCCGGAAAAGGCGCAAGCGCGUUUUUCCAGCUCCGCAAAGCUAUUGAAAGCUAUACGUUUUCUUAGGCCGGCCGCUUGAUGGCAGCUCUUAUGUUAAAAAUGUCAAGUGCAGAAGUUGUGUCAUGGUGAUCAUGACAUUCGUGGUGCCUACGGUCUGUCUAAUUAUCCUCGAUAACCUCGAUUGACAGCGCAUUCAUUUCGGCGAUCGACACGUAAACACAUUUUUGUAAUCUUCAACGCACAGCGGAAUGAGUUCCAGCAUCCUUACCGCAAGAGCAGAGGAAUAUUUUUAUAGCAUAAAUCCUCUAGCACGAAGGAUCGGCGAGGAUAUAACCGCAACGAAGGAAGCCUACGAAGGGCUAUGGAACACCUUGAGCACAGCGGAGCGCAACCAAGCCAUCAACGAGACCAUAAUUCAGCCCGAGGUAGCCUUGAAGUACACCCUGAAGAAGGUCGAGUUAACAAAGGAGUUACCUGAGUGGUUUCCAAAACUGCGCAUACAAACUGGAAUGAAAUAUGUCAUAGACGAAACCGGUUCGACACUACGAUGGCGGGAUGAGCACUCCGCGCCAUUUUCGUUUAUGACUCAAUCACAGAUGAAUCUCAGUCUGAUGGACUCCAACGAAGAUGCGAAGUCUAGGUCAAUGAAAAUCCACUUCGGAGAACUGCCGCAUUUUUCUAGCCCUGCGAAAGCGCAAAGAAACAAUUGUUCGCCAAAUGACAGUUACAGCUCCGCACAUCAAGUCAGUUGUUAUCCAUCGGAUUGUUUCACCAGCGAUUUGUUCGACAGCGAUCAGUGCAGUGACUUACUGACAAAUGUAAUCGACAGCGAACACUCUGACAGUAUAUUUGCUAAACUCAUCAAUAAGACCUCUUUAUUGAAGUUACAAGGUAACGUCGAGGACGAUCUGGAGAGUUUGGUGAGAGAUUCUGAUACAGACAAGAGUCAAUCGAAUACUACCUUAGUGGUGACGUCGCGAACGAAAUCGAGCGACAUAAACGAAUCGACCGCUCUAUUAGAGACACCCAGUUCCUACAGUAGCUUUCAGUCAUCCCAACUGAAUCAAGAAGAGGAAGAGAGGAGUAUACCAAAGACUGGAUUUGAGUUUCUUGAUAAUUGGUAAAUUUAUUCCGAAAGAAAUUUUUCCGAUUUAAUUUUUUUUUAAUGCUCUUCUAUUAAACAUAAAAGAUUUCCAUAAUAUCCUAAGAACGUACGUUGCAUAUGCUUAGCAGAUGUUUGAAUAUAUUUAAUUAUUCUAUUGCUGUAUGUUGUAUAAAAAUAUGCAUGCGCGUGUUUUAUAUAAAAGUAUAUGCGUGAAAAGUGACAGAUUAUUUUUGCAGUGUAGAGUCUUUGAUAGGAUUUUUUAUGCUCAUAUUUUACAAUGCCUUGUCUUAUUUCUACUGGAUACCAUUUACAAUUUACAUGACCGCUCAAAGAGUUAAAUAAUGAAGACUGAAGAAGAAUAAUUUCUCUCUCCAAAGAUAUGUUCCCAAAGAUUUUAAUUUUACUUAGAUAGACUGUAUGAUAUAAUAUAUCCUUUGAAUAACGUAACCAAUAUUGAAUAAUGUAACCAAUUUAGAUUUGUUAUCUUUUUAUAGCAUUAUAUUUUACAGUAUAAAAAAAAUAUAUAAUACGUGCUUACGAACGGAUAGAUAUGCUUAAUGCAUGUCGCAAGUCUGGUCACUAUUUACAAGCAAUAAUUUAUCUCUUGAAGAUUUAUAUAAAUUGUCUUGUCGAUUGUAUGCCAAUAUACGUAUAUCACAUGAA